AUGGGUGCUGGCGCCAGUGCAGAGGAGAAACACUCCCGCGAGCUGGAGAAGAAGCUCAAGGAAGAUGCAGAGAAGGAUGCCAGAACGGUCAAACUGCUGCUUUUGGGAGCUGGCGAAUCUGGGAAGAGCACGAUUGUAAAGCAAAUGAAGAUCAUCCACCAGGAUGGAUACUCCCUGGAAGAGUGCCUGGAGUUCAUCUCCAUCAUCUACAGCAACACCCUGCAGUCCAUGCUGGCCAUCGUGCGGGCCAUGGGCACGCUGAGCAUCCAGUAUGGAGACUCAGCCCGGCAGGAUGAUGCCCGUAAGCUGCUGCACUUGGCUGACACCAUCGAAGAGGGCACCAUGCCCAAGGAGAUGUCUGACAUCAUCGCCCGCCUCUGGAAGGACACAGGCAUCCAGGCCUGCUUCGAGCGAGCCUCGGAGUACCAACUGAACGACUCGGCCGGCUACUACCUGAGUGACCUGGCGCGCCUGGUGGCUCCCGGCUACGUCCCCACAGAGCAGGACGUGCUGCGCUCCAGGGUCAAGACCACUGGCAUCAUCGAGACCCAGUUCUCCUUCAAGGACCUCAACUUCAGGAUGUUCGACGUAGGCGGCCAGCGCUCCGAGCGGAAGAAGUGGAUUCACUGCUUCGAAGGGGUCACCUGCAUCAUCUUCAUCGCUGCCCUCAGUGCCUACGACAUGGUCCUGGUGGAGGACGACGAAGUGAACCGGAUGCAUGAGAGCCUGCAUCUCUUCAAUAGCAUCUGCAACCACCGCUACUUCGCCAUCACCUCCAUUGUCCUCUUCCUCAACAAGAAGGACGUCUUCCUGGAGAAGAUCAGGAAGGCCCACCUCAGCAUCUGCUUCCCCGAUUAUGACGGACCAAACACGUUCGAGGAUGCAGGCGCCUACAUCAAGGUCCAGUUCCUGGAGCUCAACAUGCGCCGGGACGUAAAGGAGAUCUACUCGCACCUGACCUGUGCCACUGACACGGAGAAUGUCAAGUUCGUCUUUGACGCCGUCACCGACAUCAUCAUCAAAGAGAACCUCAAGGACUGUGGCCUCUUCUGA